CCCAAAACUGCGAGCGGGUCGAGGCCACUUUACUAAGGACGCUCACUCACUGGCGCUGUCAUUUUUCUCCCUUGUCCCUUCUCUCCUCGAACGCGUAUAUGCGUAUCUCUGCGCCACUGAAAGCAAGAAACAGGUAUCUGUCGCGUAUCUCUAACGCCGACUGCAUGUGUCACUCUUCCUUGUGAACAACAACCCCCCCCCGUCGGAGCGUUGCGAUCGAUUUUGAUCCCGUUAUUGCGCUACAAUGGGCUUUCUCGCAGUCAUUCUCGACAGCCUCUGCGAGCGCUACUCGGAUAGCUCAGUUGUUGUACUUUGUGGUAUUGGAUUUCUAUCUCUGCUUGCCGUAUCUGUUAUCGUCAAUGUCUUUAGACAGCUUGUUUUCAAGAACCCCAAUGAGCCCCCUAUGGUAUUUCACUGGUUCCCUUUCAUAGGUAGCACCAUCAGCUAUGGCAUGGACCCCUAUAAGUUCUUCUUUGAUUGUCGUGCGAAGUACGGCGAUAUCUUUACCUUUGUUCUCCUCGGCAAGAAGACAACAGUUUACCUAGGCACCAGGGGCAAUGACUUCAUUUUGAAUGGAAAAUUGCGCGAUGUUUGUGCCGAAGAAGUUUACUCUCCACUUACUACACCUGUAUUUGGCCGCCAUGUUGUCUAUGACUGCCCGAAUGCCAAACUUAUGGAGCAGAAGAAGUUUGUCAAAUUUGGUCUGACAUCUGACGCGCUGCGUUCGUAUGUGCGUUUGAUCACGGAUGAGGUGGAAGAUUUUGUCGAGAACUCCGCAGCCUUCAAAGGGCCCAAUGGCGUUUUGGAUGUCUGUAAAACAAUCGCCGAAAUCACCAUAUACACGGCCUCUCGUUCCCUUCAAGGAAAGGAAGUUCGCAGCAGAUUCGAUUCUACCUUCGCUGAAUUGUACCAUGACCUUGACAUGGGGUUUGCGCCUAUCAAUUUCAUGCUUCCCUGGGCACCUCUUCCCCACAACCGGAAACGUGAUGCUGCGCAGCGGAAGAUGACCGAAACGUAUAUGGAGAUUAUCAAGGAGCGUCGCAUGGCUGGUAAUAAUAAGGAUUCUGAAGAUAUGGUUUGGAACCUUAUGUCCUGCGCAUAUAAGGAUGGCACCCCGGUUCCUGAUGAGGAAAUCGCACAUAUGAUGAUCGCCUUGCUUAUGGCCGGCCAGCAUUCUUCGUCGUCGACAGCUUCAUGGAUUGUUUUGCACCUUGCAAGGAAUCCGGAAAUCAUGGAGGAGUUGUAUGCCGAACAGAUUCGUGUGCUUGGUUCCGACCUACCCCCUCUGACUUACGAAAACCUGCAAAAGCUCGACCUGCAUGGUAAAGUUAUUAAAGAAACACUACGCAUUCAUGCACCAAUCCAUUCAAUAAUCCGCGCAGUCAAAAACCCAAUGCCCGUGGAUGGUACUUCAUACGUUAUUCCAACUACGCAUAAUGUUCUUUCAUCGCCUGGUGUUACUGCAAGAUCAGAGGAAUAUUUCCCCAACCCUCUCAAAUGGAACCCCCACCGCUGGGAUGAGACAAUUGCAGUCAACGCAGAAGAAGAAGAAAAAAUCGAUUAUGGGUACGGCCUUGUCAGCAAAGGUACUAAUAGCCCAUACCUUCCAUUUGGUGCUGGGCGCCACAGAUGUAUCGGUGAACAAUUUGCCUAUGUGCAACUUGGAGCAAUCACUGCGGCCUUGGUUAGGAUGUUUAAGUUCCAGAAUCUGCCAAAUGUUAAGGAUAUCCCAGAAACAGACUAUUCAUCCCUUUUCUCCAAACCUGCUGGCAAGUCAACUAUACAGUUUGAGAGACGCAUCCGUACAACCAAAUCAUGACACCCUGCCACUUACUGCAUGAGGCACGCAUCUAUUUGAUGAAUAAGUCUUCUAGGACCCUGUUUAUUACAAUGGGAAUGGUCAUUAAACGACCGUUUCUUUGCUUCCAUUUUGUUUCACUCAAGGCUUUAUUGCUUGUAUUCUAUAUCACAUAUAAUGGCUGCUUGUACAGUAUAUCAAUCCAUUGUAAUGAUUUUGGGCCUGGC